AUGUGUGGAGAGAAACGCACAGAGAAACCCCGAUUGUACCCGGCCCUUCCAGUCAUGGCACCAGUACUGGAUCUCACAGCCACCGUCAAUUACCACAAGCGACCAGACGAUGACAGAAAAGGAGAAGCAUGGUGUCGGGUCAGUGAAGGGAGAAGAGAGGAGGUACAGGUAUUGCUAGAAGCAGCCAGGGAGUUGAAUAGAGGAGUGGCAAGCCUAAGCAAACUUGACAGUAUGUGUCUUGAAGAUGGAAGUGAAAAUGGAAGCAUUAGAGGUGGCUCGUGGACUACGACCAGUCUAGCCACCCAGAACCGUAGGCAAGAAGAGGAAGUCGGAAAACAGAGGGCAAUAGGGGAACUAGAAGAUAAACUGAAGGAUGGGGAAGAGCAGAUACAGAUACUACAGAAGGCUAUGAAGGAACUGUAUGAAGCAAAAGAGAAGAGACCUCGGGAACCAGAGACAAGAGGUAAAUAUAUAGACUUGGGAGGAAGCUGCUCGAAUGCCAGUGAAGCAGAAGAAGAGGGGGAAGCGAGUGGAAGAGACAAUCAAGGAGGGGAGAGAGAGCACAAGGUCCUGUUUGGGCUGUUUGAUGGGGAAAUAUGGGAUGAUGCCCCUGCACAUCGAACCAGAAGCAAAAUCUCCUCAGGAGCAAAAAUUAUGCCACUAAGGGAGACACCCGGGGGUACGACGGUUUACAAGCCCUGGGCCCAUAGGGACCUUCAGACCUUGAUGGACAGCCUCCCACUGCCUGAAGAAUCCGGAUGUCGUUGGGUGAAAGCUUUUGAAAGCAUAACCGCAGCUGAUGAGCUCACCAUAGGAGAUAUGACAGCUAUAAUGAACAGAUGUAUGGGAGACCAGGAGACGAGAGAACUCAUGAGAGCAGCGGGUAUGCAGGGGAGAAUCCCUGCCAGUACAUCGUUUGAUCCCUUGAGGAAUGACUUAUGGGGAGCUAUACGGCAGAAGUAUCCCACCCAACCGAAACCUCAGCUGAUGAAGACACUGAGCCUGGGUGAUGAUGAGAGUGUGCCCGUAUACAUGAAAAAAGCUAGAGGUCUGUGGAGACAGGCAUGGAACACAGAGCCAGAUAAAACCUAGAUGAAACAUCUGUUCCUGGAACAAUGUAUGAAAUGCUUGCCCGACCAGGUGCGUACGGAGUGCGAAAAAGUGGUGGGAAUAACAGCAAAGAAUGUGAUGGAAUUCACAGAGAUCACGCAGCACCAUGUGGAACGCUGGAGAGAGGGUAAAAGGAAAGAAGAAGAUGAGAUAAAGCAGCUACAGAAAAAGGUCCUGAAGAAACAACUACAGGAAGACAAACCAGGAAAACAGAUGCUGAUGACCAGCACGUCCCAGCAAGCCCAACCUAAUCAAACUACAGAUGCCACUGGAGCAGUGACUGCAGUGAUGCAGGCAAUGACAGGAAUGAUGGCGCCACAGCGACAGGCAUAUGGUGGAUUUGUUCAGGAAGGGCAAUACCAGCAGUCCACGCCACGCCCAUACUUCCAGCCCUUCCAGGGGUGUUUCAAUUGCGGAUUGUUAGGUCACAUGGCUAGGAACUGCAGGCAGGCCCCUAGAGCGGGCCCACCUCGAGGGAGAGGAUACGCUGGACCACCCAGAGGAAGGGGCCAGUGGAAUGCAAGAGGAAGAGGGACAUGGAACGGGGGAAGAGGCAACCCACAGCAACUGCAACAGUAUUAUCAACAGACUGGUCCACAAGGGGGAGCCCAAGGGCAGGAUGUCCCAAACACAAAUUUGGUUCCAAACAUGGCCUGGCUAGGGCAUGAAGAAGGACCAAACUAUCAAUGAAGAUGCCCAGAGGCCCCGACUAACACCGAUGCUACAAUUUUCAUUUUCCCACCUGACGUAGAACCAGUAGUAAAGUGUCUGAUUGGGGGAAGAGAACAGAGUAUGUUGAUUGACACAGGAUGCACAUGGUCUUCUGUGCAAGCAUCAUACCAGCUUACGGAUAGAACACAGGCUUUCUCGGGGGUCUCAGGGACAAUUAUGAGAAAGCCGUAUACUGUACCUCUGGAGGUGUUUUGGGAUGAUCACAAAGUUACCCAUCAGUUCUUGUACAACCCAGAGUGCUCUGUGGGAUUGAUGGGGAGAGACCUCUUGACCAAAUUGAAUUGUAGUAUUUACUGCAACCAAGCAGGAAUGCACGUCACCACCAUGCCUCCAAAUGAAUUGAUGCCCAUAAUCAUGAAGAAAUACUCAGAGCCUGUCAGAAUGCUGUACAUGGGAGAGGCUCAGGACAGGGAGGAGGAAGAGACAUAUGUUUACUGGUUGAAACUGGCAGACACAGAUCCCGACACGCCAAGGGUGUGUAGGGUUUUCCAGCAGUGGAAGGCUUGGCUACAGACACUGAAUGCGUACUACCUGCCCGAGGACCCACCCCAUGUUACCAUGAACUACACCAGAGAGCUAGAUGAGAUCUAUGAGGAAGGAUGGGAGACGGAGAUGAUGGAUAGACGUCCAGCAGUGACUAGCAACUACAUGUAUGUACUCAAGAAAGGAGUGGCAACCAGAUGUAUGGUAAUGGAUAGAGAAAUAGAUCUUAAGGAAAACUGGUUCACCAUGACAAGCGGCUCAGUUCCCCAUGUGACGUUGAUGGUUGGUUUCGGAUAUGAAGCCCGUUCUCUGGGUCCAGCAGUACGAAUGGCAGAACAUCUACACUGGAAGAACACCAGCAUACCCCAAGUACAGACCUCACUGAUGAAUGAAGAACAGGUGUGGAGAGUGAAGCUAAACGUUGAUGACACAUCCAUACCUGAGGUGGUGAGAAGAGCCCGGUUCCAUGGUAGGGAAAUGACAGACCACCCUGACACUGAAAACUUACUCACACAAAUUCCUAAUCACCUAUGGACAACCAGUCCAGAAGAUGUGGGUUUGGUAAAUGUGCCAACUGUGCAGAUUCUGGUACGGCCAGAUAGCAGGUUGAAGUUCCCUGUUUGGAGGUCUCAAUACCCAUUGAGUGAGGAGAAGACUAGGGGAAUUGAACCAACUCUGAAGGGUUUGCACAGUGGAAAAGUCAUCCACUUGACCAAUUCAAAUUGGAACACGCCUAUUCUUCCUGUGAAAAAGGGAGAUACUGGGAAGUGGAGAAUGGUCCAGGAUUUCAGACCAAUCAAUGAAGUUACUGUUCCCGACGUGAGACCUGUCCCUGACCCGUUUCUAGCUCUGCAAAACAUCUCACCGACCUAGGACUGGUUUUCAGUGAUAGAUUUGGCAAAUGCAUUAUUUUGCAUCCCUCUCCAUGCUGACUCACAACAACUGUUUGCAUUUACUUAUGAGGGUCAACAGUUCACAUACUCUAGACUUCCACAAGGGUAUCGUGACUCACCGGGAAUCUUCAAUUCCAUCCUGAAGGAGCAUCUGGAAGAGCUAACCCUACCAGAGGGAGUGACCCUGCUGCAAUAUGUGGAUGAUCUUUUGCUGGCUGCUCCAACGGCGGAAUCCUGUCUACAAGCUACUAAAGCACUGUUGAACCAUGUUGCUGCUAAGGGGUACAAGGUCAAGAGGGAGAAAGUCCAGUGCUGCAGAAGAACAGUGCAGUUUCUUGGCAGGGUUUUGUCAGGAAAAAGCCAAGCUGUGUCAACAGCACAGAGAACAUCCAUAUUGGAACAUCCAAAGCCAACCACUGUCCAACAUCUAUUGUCCUUCCUUGGACUCACGGGAUACAGUAGGACACAUGUCCCAGAAUACUGUAUCAAGGUUGAGCCUUAGAGAAGCUGGUAACAGGAACCUUACCGCUGUUUUGAAAUGGACCACUGAGGCGGAAGACGCUUUCAUUCAACUAAAACAAACACUGGCUCAAGCAGAAGCACUCUCACUACCAGACUAUACGGUUCCAUUUCGUUUGGAUGUUUCUGAGAAGGAUGGGGAUGUGCAUUCCAUCCUUUAUCAGAAACAAAAGGGGGAUAGAAGGGUCCUGCACUACUACAGCUCCAAAUUGGACAACAUUGAAAUAGGACAAACAGACUGUGCAAGGCAUAUGGCCGCGUUGGCAAAAGCAAUUGGAAAAACAGCGCACAUUGUAAUGAGACACCCAUUAGAAAUCAACACGGACCAUGGGGUAACCGCAUUCAUUGGCUCCAAACUUUUUACACUAUCCAGCAAAAGAAAGUCAAACAUCACCAAAGUAAUCACGGCAAAACACAUCACGUAUGUGACAGAGGUAACCAACAUGACGGAUGGAAUGGGUGAAGGAGAACCACACGUUUGUGAAGACAGAGCAGCAAAGCAGAUCAAGGUUCAGAUGGACCUUGAGAAUACACCCCUAGAGGGGACGAAGGAAACCUUUUUCUCAGAUGGGUGCUGCUACAGGUCAAAGGACCCAAAAGAAGGAAACAUCGCAGCAUAUGCAGUGGUACGACAGAACGGAGCAGGACAGCAUGAAAUAAUGGAAGCAAGAAAACUGGAACCAUCAGAAGCCUCUGCCCAGCUUGCCGAGUUAAGAGCGCUCAGGAGAGCAUUGGAACUUAGCCAGGGGAAAGAUGUCAACAUAUACACCGACUCUGCAUACGCCCAUGGGAUUGCACACAUACAGUGAGGGAAAAAAGUAUUUGAUCCCCUGCUGAUUUUGUACGUUUGCCCACUGACAAAGAAAUGAUCACUCUAUAAUUUUAAUGGUAGGUUUAUUUGAACAGUGAGAGACAGAAAACAACAAAACAAUCCAGAAAAACGUAUGUCAACAAUGUUAUAAAUUGAUUUGCAUUUUAAUGAGGGAUAUAAGUAUUUCACCCCCUCUCAAUCAGAAAGAUUUCUGGAUCCCAGGUGUCUUUUAUACAGGUAACGAGCUGAGAUUAGGAGCACACUCUUAAAGGGAGUGCUCCUAAUCUCAGCUUGUUACCUGUAUAAAAGACACCUGUCCACAGAAGCAAUCAAUCAAUCAGAUUCCAAACUCUCCACCAUGGCCAAGACCAAAGAGCUCUCCAAGGAUGUCAGGGACAAGAUUGAAGACCUACAGAAGGCUGGAAUGGGCUACAAGACCAUCACCAAGCAGCUUGGUGAGAAGGUGACAACAGUUGGUGCGAUUAUUUGCAUAUGGAAGAAACACAAAAUAACUGUCAAUCUCCCUCGGCCUGGGGCUCCAUGCAAGAUCUCACCUCGUGGAGUUGCAAUGAUCAUGAGAACGGUGAGGAAUCAGCCCAGAACUACACGGGAGGAUCUUGUCAAUGAUCUCAAGGCAGCUGGGACCAUAGUCACCAAGAAAACAAUUGGUAACACUAUGCUGUGAAGGACUGAAAUCCUGCAGCGCCCGCAAGGUCCCCCUGCUCAAGAAAGCACAUAUAAAGGCCCGUCUGAAGUUUGCCAAUGAACAUCUGAAUGAUUGAGAGGAGAACUGGGUGAAAGUGUUGUGGUCAGAUGCGACCAAAAUGGAGCUCUUUGGCAUCAACUCAACUCGCCGUCUUUGGAGGAGGAGGAAUGCUGCCUAUGACCCCAAGAACACCAUCCCCACCGUCAAACAUGGAGGUGGAAACAUUAUGCUUUGGGGGUGUUUUUCUGCUAAGGGGACAGGACAACUUCACCGCAUCAAAGGGACGAUGGACGGGGCCAUGUACCGUCAAAUCUUGGGUGAGAACCUCCUUCCCUCAGCCAGGGCAUUGAAAAUGGGUCGUGGAUGGGUAUUCCAGCAUGACAAUGACCCAAAACACACAGCCAAGGCAACAAAGGAGUGGCUCAAGAAGAAGCACAUUAAGGUCCUGGAGUGGCUUAGCCAGUCUCCAGACCUUAAUCCCAUAGAAAAUCUGUGGAGGGAGCUGAAGGUUCGAGUUGCCAAACAUCAGCCUCGAAAACCUAAUGACUUGGAGAAGAUCUGCAAAAGAGGAGUGGGACAAAAUCCCUCCUGAGAUGUGUGCAAACCUGGUGGCCAACUACAAGAAACGUCUGACCUCUGUGAUUGCCAACAAGGGUUUUGCCACCAAGUACUAAGUCAUGUUUUGCAGAGGGAUCAAAUACUUAUUUCCCUCAUUAAAAUGCAAAUCAAUUUAUAACAUUUUUGACAUGCGUUUUUCUGGAUUUUUUUGUUGUUAUUCUGUCUCUCACUGUUCAAAUAAACCUACCAUUAAAAUUAUAGACUUAUCAUUUCUUUUUCAGUGGGCAAACAUAUAAAAUCAGCAGGGGAUCAAAUACUUUCUUCCCUCACUGUAGAUGGCCCUCAAUGGAUGAGAAGGGGGUACCUAACAAGUUCUAACGAACCCAUAAAACACAAGCAGGAAGUGCAACAACUGAUUGAUGCAAUCAAGUUGCCAAGAAGAGUGGCAAUCAUGAAAUGCAAGGAACAUAGCAAAGAAACCACCAAAGUAACGGAGGGAAAUGAUAAGGCGGACCAAGCGGCAAAAGAAGCAGGAGGAUAUACUGCUCAACAGAUGGUGCUACGGGCCAGGGGGACACAGGAAGAACUGACGGCAGACACAGUAAGGCAACUCCAAGAGGCAGCAGACGUCUAUGAACAUACCGUCUGGAACAGACAUGGAGCUAGGAGAGAUCAUCAAGGCAUCUGGAGGUCACACAUUGGAAAGACUGUGGCACCCAUCAAGCUGCUCAGAUCACUGAUACGGGAAGAACACAACAAGGCACAUGGAGGAUGGAGAAGUGUAGCAAAAAUGAUAGAACUGGCCUGGUGGCAUCCACACAUGUUAGACAUGGCUAGGGAAGUCUCAGAAAGCUGCGAGGUGUGUAAAAGUUACAACAACAAGGUUUCACUGGGAGCUGUCAUUGGCAGCUUUCCAGUACCGGAUGCACCAUUUCAAGAUAUCUGCAUAGACUUCACAGACAUGGGACAGGAUAACCGAGUGGAAGGCAAAAGGUACCUACUGGUAAUGGUAGACAGAUUCACCAGAUGGGUGGAAGCCAUCCCUACAGCAAGAGAAGCUGCUCAAGCAGUAAUAAAAUGGCUGAGAAGAGAACUCAUACCGAGGUUUGGGGUUCCUAGAAUGAUCCGUUCCGACAAUGGGUCCCAUUUCAAGAAUGAGCAUCUGAGAGUGGUAGAACAGGCACUGGGAAUAACGUAUAAGUAUGGGUCAGUGUAUCAUCCCCAGUCACAAGGGUUAACGGAAAGAGCUAACCAAACGAUCAAACGGAAAAUGGCUAAGAUAAUGGCAGGGACAAAAUUGAAGUGGAUAGAUGCGUUGCCGUUAGCGCUAAUGUCCAUGUGGAACUCACCAGGGUCAGACACAUCUUACUCCCCACGAGCUAUUGACAGGACGCAGAAUGCCAGGGCCGCCAGCAGAUAAUCUAAGUAUGCCUAGGCUAGACAUUGCUAAAAUCAGAUACACAGACUACAUGCAGGCGCUAACCUCUCUUGUUGAAAGACUGUCCAAACAGGUGGUGGAGGUUCGCACUCCUGCUGUCGAGACCACAGACUAGAACAGAGACAUCCAGGUGGGGGAUUGGGAAUACCUUGAGAAUCAAGGUACACUCCAGGAAGUGGACGGAACCCAGGUGGGAGGGACCAUACCAGGUGAAAGAGGUAUCGAGUCACUCUUUGAGGGUGGACUCUAAGAAAAAAGACACGUGGUAUCACAGAACCCACUGCGCAAAAGACUCUACACCCAAUAGAACGAUAGACCAAGUUAGUCAGAUAUAGCAGGAUCUCAAGGUUAGAAAUGCAUCUAGCCUGUGCUAUAGGGGUAAUCCUGGUUAUUGUUGGUCAGGGGAAAGGAGCACCAGCUGACCCUCAGCCCCUAGUAAUACAGUUGACAGAGGGUGACUCAAGCGUUGUAAUCUUGAAGGCAUGUGAAAUUUGGACUCAGAAGGGAAGAAAUCUGUGGGAGGGUGAAGAAUAGGCCAGGAUGUUGGAGUUUGGUUCCUGUGUAUAGAAAGGUACCAGUGUAUUUGUGUAAUGGGAAAUGGUGCCCCUAUUGGGACUACAUGAUAACUAACAUAGGGGAACUGUGGGAGUGGCGAAGAGGUUAUCCUUACAGUAUAGGGGAUGUUUCAAAGGUGGACAGAAUGUCUCUUUUGUGGGGUAGGCCUGGGAAUUCAAUGUAACCAUGUAAAGGUGAUGAAAUCCUACUAACCAUACAGAAUGUUAAACUCUCUGAUGCAGGUAUCUAUACUCUGGGAUUGGAGAGGAAUGGGGCCGAUUCGAUGGGUGUGUUCACCAUUAAGGUAUUGCCAAAACCACCACCAGCCCCAACCGGACAGGGACAGGUCCGGUCGAACCUCUCAACCACUCCAGGCCCAGCUCGGACUCCAUCUGCAAAAGUAUUAAACCCCGUCCAGGUAAUUAAUGUUAGGGAUUUACGGACAGCGAUCAAUUGGAUACUGAGACGGGAUAUGAUGGGAGGGAGAACUUGUGGUUGGCAUAUAUGAGAUAUACUGCUAGGACACUGGGUAAAAAGGACUGUGUGAUCUGUGGACAUGCUAGGCCUAUUUUGGCUACUCAUCCGUUUGCCCUGAGGGAAGGUGAAGGGUGGAUGUGCAUUGUUAUGGCAUUUUACCAUGGUAACUCAAAUUCGACUCUGUGCAUGGCACUGGGUGUUGUGUUCCCAGAAGUGCUGCCACAAAAAGCACCAUGGGGGGGGGGGGUUAAAGCAUAUGGAGGGAAUUAUAGCUGUAUAACUGGGAUGGGUAACGGGAAAAACUAUGGGAGCCUGCCACAAACCGAUUGUUGGAGCAACAUCACUAUUAAUGCUACCUGGCCGGUUACAGGGUUUAACCAGACUAGAGGGGUCGCAGAUGUAUGGUGGAUGUGUGGUCCUAAUCGAAUGUUAACCCCUAUUCUGAAAGGACACUGGCAGGGUACCUGCGCUCUUGUUAGCCUGAUAAUACCAAUAACCAUUAUUGAUGUUACUGCUAACCAACUUUUAGGUGGAACGGAUCAGGAUGAGCAGGCCCAGGGUCAUGCUUUUAGGAGAACGAGGCGCAGGUGCACCAUGGGUAGGGGAUGAGAUGGAUAUCCAUACCAAUCUGCUGGGGGUACCAGUAGGGAUACCACAGGAGUUUCGGGCUCUAAACAGGAAUGAUGGCCUAUGGCAUUUAAUUCCCAUUAUUGGUCCGGCAAUAGAUGCUGCAAAACAAAGAUCAUGGAUUAAUUAUGUAUACUAUAACCAACAGAGGUUUGUUAACUAUACACGCACUGCCCUUACAGGCAUGGCUGAACAGCUUGAGGCUACCACUAGAACUGCUAAACAAAAUAGAUUGGCAUUGGACAUGAUGUUGGCUAGCAAUGGAGGGGUAUGUAAAAUGUUUGGAGAACAAUGCUGCACGUUUAUCCCUAACAAUACCAGUCCUGACGGAAGUAUCUCUAAAGCCCUAAUUGGUUUAGAUAAACUAUCAGCUGAAAUGAAGAGCAUGGCUGGUUGGGUGAGUGGUUUGGUAAGUAUGCUGCACUGGUGGUUACUGGAUUUCUGACCCUAAUCGUUAUGUUUUUAAUUUUGAUGUGCUGUGCUGCCUGUAUUAUCCCUUGUCUGAGAAAGUCUGUUACAGAUGUCGUGCACGCUGCUGGUAUGAUGCCCUUGCUGGAGGCACAAGAAGGAGAUGCAGACACUGAGUCUAACUUUCGGAGGAAACUGGGGUUGACAAAAGAUGAGCCUUGGUUUGCUAUUGGUGAGGUGGUGGAGUGACACCCUAGUGGGUGUCUAAAGGGGGAAUCAAAAUUCCCUGUUUGUGUUUUUAUGUUUUAUAAAUCCAUUUUAACUAUUGUGAAUGUUUGUCUUUCCUUAUGUGAAGGUUUGAAGUUCCUGGGUGGCUGGUAGCCAACCUAGUACAAGUUAGGUGUAGAUGGAAGGACUGAAGGCCUUUUUAUUAUCAUUAUUGCCUAUUAAUAAAAGUGUGAUUAUUUUUGUUUGUAUUGUAUUUUAAUGAGUGACACCCUAGUGGGUGUCAAAAGGGGGAAUCCUAAAUUUCCCUGAAAUUUCUUAUUUUGGGUUCACACCCAGCGGGUGUGAAAAGGGGGAUUGUUGGGAUCUAUUUUCUUAUAAUUAGAUGUUAUGCCUAGCUUAAAAAUAUUACAUCAAUGAUUAAACAUAAUAGGUUUGUGCUGUACUGAUAUAGAUUGUUUAACAUAACAAGCUGUGACUAAUGUGUGGAACCAUUAGGGGGGAGGCUGAGAUAGACUUGUGACACACACACACACACACUCUGCCUCUUUGUUAAACCGCUCAAGGACAUGUGUACUGCAACAAUGAAGAAGAGGAAACUAUGUCUGAGGGUUGCUGACUCUCGAGACAAGUUGCAAAAAACAACUAAUGCCCGGUAACAGUGAAGCGCCAAGGGGCUGGGACCAGCCUGUGCGCCAACGAUAGGCUGAGUAAGUUUAAACCACGCUCAGCCUCUACUCUGACAGGCCCACUUUGAACGGGAACUAUCUCUGUCAGAGUAUUUAAAGAAUAACUUUGGGUUGGGACAGUUAGUUCUAUGUUUUGCCCUGCGAGGUGUUACAGUGAACCCCUAUAUACGAAGAUUGCAUUUACCAUUUAUUCGCUUGACUAAUUAUAUUAAUAAAAAAGCUGAGAAUAUAUACAGUGACUUAGUGUUAAAUGCUGUUCUGAUACCAGAUUUGAAUUACGCAACUUAACACAUGCUUCAUCUGACUCUUCAACUACUACACAUUUAUUCCUUCGACAAACACUUGCCACGUGUCCAAAGUUUUACAAUUGUACCACUGCUGUGAUUUCUGUACAUAGGGCCUCACCGCAUAUUUCACAUACCCAAGUUUUACAUAAGUCGCGAGAACCACUUCAUCAAACAACAGUAAUAGGCUUUGUUCCUUCUUUCCGUCUAUCAUUCGAUUCAAGCGACGUGAGGCUACGCUACCACUCCUGGAAUGUUAUCCCCAAACCACACAGCCUUUAUAUCCAACGUGACACCAAAGAUGACACCUUUACCGGUGCUCUAUUCUGAAACGCCAAGAAGAAAGAGCGAGAGAGGUGCAGUAGUUUUAUUCCCGUCCCUGUUUCGGUAGAAAAUUGAGGGAUGUGUAAACCACUCAAAGACAAAGUUAUGGUUGCAAAAACUACAAGCCAAGUUACCGGUAACUACCAAGCUUUUUACCGUUAACGUUAGCUAGCUAACUUAACCUUAGUGUAGCAAUCUAUUUUACCUGCCAGUUGUUUUCGAAGCAGCAGUGAGGAUUGCUCAGUCAUUUUAUGUGGAUUAGUUUAGCUAACUAUAUAGACAACGACUUAACCUUGAUAUCAAAAUGAUAGUUUUAACCAUGUUUUGAGGCCAUAUAGUGUUUGUUUACAUUUACUUUGUUUACAAACAUUGGAGUAAAACAAGCUUAUAUUUUGGGUUCUGAUGGGGUACAACAGUUGAACUAAGCUCAUGAGACAGAAGUUAUAUUCUUCCAGGAUAAAUGAAUGGUUACAUAUAAUUAAUUUAUAAGUCAAAAAAUGGAUGUAGCAAGAUAAAACAUUUUAAACUUCUUCCACUACUGCAAAAAUACUUUUAAACCUCUGAAACAAAGCCACACAAUGUUUCUUCAUGGAAUAUUACAUUCUUUACAUCUUUAAAUUGCAACAUGCCAAAAUGGAUACAAUUAUACUGAACAAAAAUAUUUGUAUUUCUCUCAAAUUUUGUGCACACAUUUGUUUACAUCCCUGUCAGUGAGCAUUUCUCACUUGCCAAGAUAAUCCAUCCACCUGACAGGUGUGGCAUAUCAAGAAGCUGGCAUAUUAUUAAACAGUAUGGUCAUUACAGGUGCACCUUGUGCUAGGAAGUUGAAGACCCAAUCCAAUUAACCACGUGCACUAGUAAAGAAAAAUAAGAAUACACAACUUAUUUCUUGCACAGUUUUAUUUCUGUAGCGCCUUUUAAACCAAAAAAAUAUACAUCACACACAUACAUUGAAAUAAUGUGUAUAGUUCUUUACCUUUUUACAGCCUUAAAUGUACAACAGUCAGAGAUAUACAGUGAACUCAAAUGUAUUGGGACAGUGACACAUUUUUUGUUGUUUUGGCUCUGUACUCCAGCACUUUGGAUUUGAAAUGAUACAAUGACUAUGAGGUUAAUGUGCAGACUGUCAGCUUUCAUUUGAGGGUAUUUUCAUCCAUAUCGGGUGAACCAUUUAGUCCCCCCAUUUUAGGGACAAAUUCACUUAUAUGUGUAUUAAAGUAGUCAAAAGUGUAGUAUUUGGUCCCAUAUUCCUAGCACACAAUGAUUACAUCAAGCUUGUGACUCUACAAACAUAGUUGUAUGCAUUUGUUGUUUGUUUUGGUUGUUUCAGAUUAUUUUGUGCCCAAUGGAAAUGAAUGGUAAAUUAUGUAGUGCGUAAUUUUGGAGUCACUUGUAUUUGAUAUUUCCCACUCAUCAUUAUUCACGACUCAUUCAGGACUAUCCGUAACCAUGGUAGCAUCCACAUUCAUGUAGAAGUGUUUAGAGACAUAUUCUAUUCUUAUUUAGAAUAAAAGUGACUCCAAAAUGACACAAUACAUCAUUUACCAUUUCUAUCGGGCACAAAAUAAUCUGAAACACAACCAAAACAAACAGCAAAUGCAUCCAACAAGUUUGUAGUCACACGCUUGAUGUAAUCACUGCAUGCUAGGAAUAUGGGACCAAAUAAUAAACAUUUGACUACUUUAAUACACAUAAGUGAAUUUGUCCCACAGGAGGUUGGUGGCACCUUAAUUGGGGAGGACGGGCUCGUGGUAAUGGCUGGAGCGGAAUUAGUGGAAUGGUAUCAAAUACAUCAAACACAUGGUUUCCAUGUGUUUGAUGCCAUUCCAUUAGCUCCGUUCUGGCUAUUAUGAGCCGUUCUCCCCUCAGCAGCCUCCUGUGAAUUUUGUCCCAAAACCUUUUGUCCUAUAAAAUGGGGGGACUAUGAAAAUACCCUCAAAUUAAAGCUGACGGUCAGCACUUUAACCUUGUAGUCAUUGUAUCAUUUCAAAUCCAAAGAGCUGGAGCGCAGAGCCCCAAAAAAAUAAAGUGUGUCACUGUCCCAAUACUUUUGGAGCUCACUGUGGCUUCGACUAAAAUCUAGAAUUGAUAGUAGGCAAAUUUAGUAUUUCUUCUAAUACUAUUCUUUGGAAAGAUGUGGGGAAAAUCCUGUCCAUGCUUUGUAAUAUAAACACAUUCAGAGCAAUAACUUACUUUAUAAUCGUUAUUUACAAGUGAUACCGAGUCUGAGAUAGUAAGGUAAAUAUGCAAAUCAGCAGUGUGGAACAAACUUGCAGGUAUACUGCAUUUAUAAAGCAUAGAAGCAAAACUGCAAAACUCUGAAGUUGUAUGGAAAACCUUGUUUUCAGUGGUAUCCAUUAUGGAAGUGGAUGUGUAUUGGAGUGCAGAUCAAGCUUUUACUUCAUGGGCCUUUUCAAUUAACCACCUUAUAAGUCGUAAUUCUUCUACAGAGUGAUUUAUUUGACAUUUAUGUUGCUUUAGAUUCUUACACAACAUUAGGAUGUCUGGUAGGCUACUAUUCGUAAGAAACAAAACCAAAAAAAGUGACAUGCAUAAAAAUAUUAAAGGUCUACAAUUGCCUUGCUACCAGCCACUCAUUGAAUAUUUCCCACUUUAUACUGGCUGAUCAGUAGGAAUCACACUGGGUGACAAGAAGCAUAUGAGUCACUAGACAUGACAUAAUAAUCUGAAUGUGUAUAAUAUUAACUAGACAUGAAUGCACUGACAUACGAUGAAACAUUUCAGAGUAAUUUAAAAAAAAACAUUUUUGCUGACUGGUGAAAGGAAAAGGCAAUACAGCAUCUAUGGGCAAACCAAAAUAUUCUGACAAUCUUCACAGGGGAAAAUGCUCCUUUCCUCACUCAAAACAAGGCGAUCAGGUAGGAUCCAUAGCUCGAUAUGCAACAGUGUUGCAGGACUGCUCUCGUUUCUGUUACUUCCCUGUAGUGGGGAAAUAUAAAAGCCAUUCACGCUUUCACAAACACCAUUUCACACAAACACACAAGCUUUUUGGAGUGGGUAGAAGUUGCCUCUAACCACUGGUCCAUUGCAUAUGUUGGCUAUAUUCUAUCUAUCCCAAAUGGUUAAUGUUGGGGGUACAAUGAUGUGGUCCUAGAGCUGUGGUUAGGGAAACAUCCACCCACCUCAAGCAAAACUCUUUCCAGCAAAUAUACAUUCAACAACCGAUACACUACAAUUCGAUAAACUCUACUGCUUUUCAAAAUCCAAGCAUCAGUCCUCAUUUUGCCUACUGUGAAAGGAAACAAACACACUCAAUACAACCAUUUUUUUUUCAGUAUACAAAUGUUGCGUAUUUUUAAAGGGGGGGGGGGGCUUCUUCUCAAAAGGCACCUUUCAAAGUUUAAUAGCUUAUGACAUUUCCCUGUCAAGAUUCAGACAUCCAUCACACUUCAACAUCUGACAAUGAAUAAACCUAAAACGACAAUAGAAACCAUAGAAAUGACUCUAUAUAAACUUAAAUCUCUCCUAGUAUGUACAUGAAAAACGGAACAUAUAAUGUUUCAUGUACAUCUUUUAAGUCACCCUCACUCUUCUUUCUGUACAGUACUGAUAAACCUCAACACAGUGCAAUAACACCAGUAAUCAAUCACUGGUGUAGUCCAGUCCGGUUACAUGGGCUGCUACUCUACUGCUAACAAGUCUUACAAACUGAUUGUGAUUGCUGUACUCCAAUAAGAAGUUUGAAUGGGAAAAUAUGCAAUAAAUAAAGCUCAACUAAAUCUCAAGUGUUUGGUCAGAGAUCAGUGCAAAUUGGUUUAUUUUUCAAUUUGGGCAAUAUCCAUUUGUCUGAUUGGUCUACAAAGUGCUAUUCCUGGCCUUUACUGGUUAAAAUAACAUAUUUUCUACAAACUUCAGGAAAUAUUAAUAAGAUGAUGAUGAUGCAUCUGAAGCACUCAGACUAAAAAGCUGAAUGGGGUGUUUGCAGUUCCAGCUGUUCUUCCACCAUGGCAGCCAUAUCAAACACUUUGGUCAAAGGGAAAUGCUCAGCGAGGUCCAUUUCCUGUCAAAGGCCCAGUGGCACAUACAGCAAUCCUCUCUACAUUCUCCUGUUUAUGGUCAAAAAAAUCUAUCUACUGGGUCCAAAGGGCAACAUUCUCAUUCUUAAUAUGGCAAACUUAGCGUCAACAAAGUGUCACAGACAGGGAUAAAUAAAGUACAAUACUUCUGUAACAGUACCUUUAUAUGGUUCUAUCACAGGAAUUUACAUUAAGCUGGGUCAAUAACAACACACAACAAUUAUUUUCCACACAGGCCUGUGGGCUGUGACAGGCCAUGCAAUUGUCUUAACGCUCUUAAACUCUUCUGGUUUCCUUGAAAACUAAAAAAAAAAUAGAAUCAAUUUAAACCAUCAUGGAAACCAAAAGGAGGCAAACAUAUGGUUGAUAAGUUCAGCCCCUCACUGUAAUAUCACACAAUACUACUGUCCACACAUCACCAUUACCUCCAAGCCAAACAAAAAAAUAGCACAACUAUUCUCGCGUAGGGGUUGAGAUUAACAUUUUUACACUGAGUGGCUUCUUAUAGAGUGAGACCUCAUGUCUUAAGAGGAGUGAGGGUCUAUUUGUGAUUGCUUAGCGCUGAAUUAAUGACAGGAUCAAAUGGAGCAUGUCUGUGACUGCAGUAGAAUCCUCCUGCAGACUGCUUGGCUGUGAUUGCUCAGGGCAGCGUUACUGACGGUAAGAGGCUGUGUGUAUGGGACUCUGCACAGAACUGAAUAGCUAACACACUCAGUCCGUGAGUGUGUAGUAGCCUUCUCACAAGCCCUUCAUCUCCAACAUCAAUCGGGCAGUCACAGGCACCACUGUGAGUGUGAGAGACCGUCACCAGUCCCGAGCCUACCCAGUCCCUUUAUAACACACACACACACACACACACCCCCCACCGGCUGACAUCGCCAUGGAAACUAGAGGGUGGAGGGAGGAUACUGAGUUGGUAGGGAGGGGGUCAGGUUGAAUGGGCAUGGUGGUGUCUGUCCAGAAUGACUGACAUAAUAGCAUAGCAGCAUCCAUGGGUGCUGAGCAGAGUCCUCAGACGCAGAGCCCUGACUGGAGUGCUGUGAGGCGACGCUCGAUGCACUCCUUACCUGCAGAGAGAAAGGGGGGAUGGGGGUUUAGAAGUAGUAGUCAUCAAGUCACUGAGCUAAGUAAACACAACAGUAUUCUUCCAACACUAUUUAGUGUGAAAUUGUAUUCCUGUAGUCAUGGAAAUAAAAUUGUGUUCUAUGAAGAUGUAUUUUCCUUCAUUAUUUUCCCCUAACCCUAUCACCCCUCCCCUAAUUGGAGUAAACUAAUGGACAACAACACUAUACAUACUCUAUACAGUAACAGUCAAAAGUUUGGACACACCUACUCAUUCAAGGGUUUUUCUUUAUUUUUUACUAUUUUCUACAUUGUAGAAUAAUAGUGAAGACAUCAAAACUAUGAAAUAACACAUAUGGAAUCAUGUAGUAACCAAAAAAGUGUUAAAUAAAUCAAAAUAAAUGUCCACUGGUCUAAUGUCCAUUACUCGUGUUUCUUGGCCCAAGCAGGUCUGUUCUUCUUAUUGGUGUCCUUUAGUAGUCGUUUCUUUGCAGCAAUUCAACCAUGAAGGCCUGAUUCACAGUCCCCUCUGAACAGUUGAUGUUGAGAUGUGUCUGUGACUUGAACUCUGGGAAGCAUUUAUUUGGGCUGCAAUAUCUGAGGUUGGUAACUCUAAUGAACUUCUCCUCUGCAGCAGAGGUAACUCUGGGUCUUCCAUUCCUGUGGCUGUCCUCAUGAGAGCCAGUUUCAUCAUAGCGCAUGAUGGUUUUUGCGACUGCACUUGAAGAAACUUUUAAAGUUCUCGUGUUUCUCUGGGUAACUCUGGGUCUUCCAUUCUUGUGGCUGUCCUCAUGAGAGCCAGUUUCAUCAUAGCGCAUGAUGGUUUUUGCGACUGCACUUGAAGAAACUUUUAAAGUUCUUGAAAUGUUCCGUAUUGACUGACCUUCAUAAUGAUGGACUGUCGUUUCUCUUUGCUUAUUUGAGCUGUUCUUGCCAUAAUAUGGACUUGGUCUUUUACCAAAUAGGGCUAUCUUCUGUAUACCUUGUCACAACACAACUGAUUGUCUCAAACGCAUUAAGAAGGAAAGAAAUUCCACAAAUUAACUUUUAAGAAGGCACACCUGUUAAUUGAAAUGCAUUCCAGGUGACUACCUCAUGAAGCUGGUUGAGAGAAUGCCAAGAAUGUGCAAAAAUGUAAUCAAGGCAAAGUGUGGCUAUUUGAAGAAUCUCAAAUAUAAAAUAUAUUUUGAUUGGUUUAACACGUUCAUGGUCGAAUUGCUGCAAAGAAAACCACUACUAAAGGACACCAAUAAGAAGAACAGACCUGCUUGGGCCAAGAAACACGAGAACUUUAAAAGUUUCUUCAAGUGCAGUCGCAAAAACCAUCAUGCGCUAUGAUGAAACUGGCUCUCAUGAGGACAGCCACAGGAAUGGAAGACCCAGAGUUACCUCUGCUGCAGAGGAGAAGUUCAUUAGAGUUACCAACCUCAGAUAUUGCAGCCCAAAUAAAUGCUUCCCAGAGUUCAAGUCACAGACACAUCUCAACAUCAACUGUUCAGAGGGGACUGUGAAUCAGGCCUUCAUGGUUGAAUUGCUGCAAAGAAACGACUACUAAAGGACACCAAUAAGAAGAACAGACCUGCUUGGGCCAAGAAACAUGAGUAAUGGACAUUAGACCAGUGGACAUUUAUUUUGAUUUAUUUAACACUUUUUUGGUUACUACAUGAUUCCAUAUGUGUUAUUUCAUAGUUUUGAUGUCUUUACAAUUAUUCUACAAUGUAAAAAAUAGUAAAAAUAAAGAAAAACACUUGAAUGAGUAGGUGUAUCCAAACUUUUGACUGGUAGUUUACAUUUUACAUUCGUUCUCUUUUGUUUGUUUUAGUCCCAUCUUUCAGCUGCCAUCAACCCCCUCCCAUCUAUCUCUGAAGACCAUCCAGUUGCCAUAUUUUUCACACUGUGCUGUGAUGUUUCACAAAACUUCGGAACAUUUCUAUUCUAAUAGUUUCUACAGAUUGUAAAUUAAAGAUAAACAUUUUUGCUAAGAAUAUUUUGCUACCCCAGUUCUAGGUAAGGGGUUGUGGUGAGAGAUGAGAGGUGACUUGCAUUUGUUAACGCUGAGGAUGUCGUCGUGCUUGGUGAGGAGCAGGGACAGGCCCUCCAUCAGCAGCAGGGCCUUGUGGUAGCGCAGCACCGACGCCUCUCCCUGGUGGAACAUCUCAUCCAGAGCAGCAGCCUGCACCUGGGGUGGGGAGGAGGGAGAGAGACAGAGGUGGAAAGGAAGUUAGUGGGCAAAGUCAGAGAGGAAUACUGCCACGAUAAAGGUUUGUAUUUGGGUUUGAAUACAAAGGAUUCCAUUUGGAAGUAUGGGUGAACAAUAGCAAAGACCGCCAUCAUACUCCUUGCAAUCAGGUUAAUCCAAAUAUCACCAUAUUACAGCUACACACUAUAUGCACGUGGCUGAUGAAAACAGUGAUCUUAAACAUGUAGCUGUAUAAAUGGUGAAACGAGUCAACCACAAGCCCAGUAGAGAGGGUGAAGAGGAGAUCAGAUUAAAUGCUGAGAUGACAGAAACGGUGUUGAGCUGAACAGUCCCCCUGAACACAGUGUCUCCCUCACCAUCUGAACGGUGAUGAGCUGAACACAGUCUCCCUCACCAUCUGAACGGUGUUGAGCUGAACACAGUGACUCCCUCACCAUCUGAACGGUGUUGAGCUGAACACAGUGUCUCCCUCACCAUUUGAACGGUGUUGAGCUGAACACAGUGUCUCCCUCACCAUCUGAACGGUGUGGCUGAACAGCAGCCUCUCGGCGGUGAUGGUGUUAAUGUGGUCCAUGAGACGGUGCUUCCGGGAGAAGAAGCGCUGCAGCCGGGCAUUGAGGGAGAGACAGGACGACACGCUGGACUUGUACAGCUCAUUCAGUCUCUUGACCACUGAAAACACAGUCACAGAGAACAGGGUUAAGAGAGGAACAGUGUUGGAAACACAGACAGAGAGCCUACCUACUCCAAGUAGGCUUGGGCUCAAUAAUAUUUACUGAUAUCAUCUACUACUUUAGUUUCAUGUUAUAUCCUCCUGUAAAUGUUGGCUUUUCAUUUUGGCUGCUCUAAUCAGCCAUGUUCUAAGGUUGUUGUAUCUUACCUUGUUUGACAGUAGCAGAGGGGUACAGUUUGCCCUGUUUGAUGCGCUCCAUGGCUGUGUGUAAGGCAGAUGACAGGAGCUCUGCAGUCUUCAUGUACAACACCAGCUGCUCCGCAUAGCUGAGACACAAACACAUACAGAUCAGACUCAUGGCAAGUUUUUUAGCUAGUGCUACAGUCAUCGCAAAGUGUCUGACUUGCUUUUAUCAUCAAUUUGUAAAGAGCUCCUCUUCCAUAAAAAGGAAAUACUGGACAAAGUCAUUUCAGUAACAGUAGUAGAAUUGGUUGAGCUUUAUUGGCUGGUGGCUCUCACCUCCACUCCCGGCUGAGGGAGCUGAUCUGGUCUGCCACCAGGCUCUGCUGCUGCAGGAGGGAGGGUGGGGUGGUGUCCCCAUGCUCCGCCCAGGCCCCAGUCCCAGUCCCCCUGACUCCCGCCACCUCCAUCAGACAGCAGGCAAAGUCCAGGGUGAAGCGCAGGCUCCUCAGGGUCUCUGUGUGCUCCUGCUGCACUCAGACAGACAGAGGGAGAGAGAGAGACAAGGUCACUCACAUUGACCACUACAAAGUUCACUAUUACAAAUCUGAUUAACUUAACAUGCCACGUUAAUUCCCCUAACCUGCUACAAAAAGUCACUUCUGCUAUUCAGAACCGGCAGAUAUGCCCUGAGAACAGUCUUGGUUUCCACUAAUGCUAUACAGCCGCUCUGCAUGUGAGUAGCCAUAUUAACUUUUCUAUAGACAGCCCUUGUACUUACCCAGAGUUGGAUGAACUCAUGGAUAUGGACAUGUGUAAUUGUGUAAGUCUCCGCAUGCAUCUGAGGUAAAGUAGUGACUGGUUACAACUGGAGCGCGGCGCGAGAGUGAGCCGACAGAAGGGGGGAAAUGACCAUUUACUUUUUAAUGAUUAUUAAUAAGUAAACUAUAUUAGGCCUACACACAGUCUCUUUCUGAAAUGAUCCACACAUUACAUAUUAAACCCCCCCCCCCCCCCAACAAACUCUGUUUAUAACUAUUCCUGUACUGCCCGUUCCUGUGGACUGUCGAUUCUGUCCUGUCCCAAACUUGACUGCCGGAAUACCACUGGAACCGCAAGACCCGCGGGAGUCCUGUUCCCGUGUCAACCUCUAAUGGGCAUUCCUUAAUACAGACACAGAGAUGAAAUGACAGAAAAAAACAUGCAGAGACAGACAAACACAGAGUGACAGACAGCAACAACCCCACAUCCCACCCCAUGCCCACUCUCAUCCUCUCACCUCCAUCAGUGUCUCCUCUGGCAGCUCAGGGGCCAGGAAGGUGACCGGUCCCCCCAUGUUGGCCGUGAUGGGGUCCGUGAAGCUGUAGCGUGGACUGGAGGGACCCUCGAAGCCGUCUAGAUAGGUGCCUGUCUGAUAUCGGCUGGUAAAGGACCCCACUGGGCUGAUAGAGCUGGAGGAGCCUGCUAUAGAAAGUAGAGGUUAGAGCAUGGCAAGAAGCUCAGAACAGGCACUAGGUCAUGACUGACAUAGGGAAAUGUAUUGUGUACAUCGUUGCCACUGAGAUAGCCAUAGCCGGUUGCAUUCUAAUUUUCCCGAUGGUGGGUGGUGGGACAGCUAGGAGGGGUCUCACUAUCUUCCUGGCAGGUGGGAGCUGGGGAGGGGGGAUGGGAUGGGAGGGUGAGCUGUAUGGGGACCUGGGAUUGUGGGAGGAGGGAAAAGGGUUCUUAAGGUCUACCACAACCUUUUUAAUUUUUCAUACUGCCAUAUCCAAACGGUACCAUUUGUAACCUUAAAAAAUUUACCAAACUGUGCCAUUCUAUACUCUACGGCUGUUUCUCAUGAUUGGUAUCAAUACAUUUUUUAACAUAUUACAUAGUGGUGCUGUUCUGAGUAAAGGAUGACAUCACCAGGCUGCUGAGAACUUACCUGAGUACUGCCUGGUCCUGGAGGUCUGUGGUGGGGUGCUGCUGCUGGGCGGGGAGCCCACAGUGAACACCACCUGGGCUGGGCUGGCUGAGCCUGCAGCCACGGCACCACCACCAGAGGGUUCUGACGGACAGAAACACAGCACUCAUCAUCAGAAACACAUAGGCCAGAGAGUAUGA